AUGUCGGUGUGGUCGGUCUGGGGUAUGACGGGCAUUAUAUACUCCCUCUUCUUGAUCGCAAUAAAAGUUGACGUGAGCAUGGUGAAGAGAACCAGGCUUUCUUUGAAGAUUGGUGCUCUAGGGUUCAUUCUCACCCUUGCGGUAUCCUUAGGCCUCGGAAUCCCACUAGCCAGCUCCAUUCCUGGAAUCCAAGGAGGAAUCUUCCCCAUUUUUAUGUUUACUAUUCUUUCUUUCACUUUCUUCCCCGGUGUAGCUCAGGCCUUAGACGACCUCAACCUUAUGAACUCUGAGUUGGGCCAACUCGCCAUGUCCUCUAUUUUGCUCGUUGAAAUCAUACAAUGGUUGAUCUAUAUGGGACAAAAUAUAGCUACUAAAGAUAAUGCAAGCCACUCAGCUUUGACCUUUCUUUCUGUAGUGAUUAUGGCUCUUGUGAUUAUAUUUGCCAUACGCCCACUUAUGGUAUGGAUUGUUAAGUCCACACCAGAAGGACAAGAAGUCAAGGAGGUUUAUGUGGUAGCGAUACUACUUGGUGCAUUAUUCCUAGCCUUUGUAUCCAACGCAAUAGGCUGCUUCUUGAUUUUAGGUCCUAUACUUCUUGGGUUAGUCAUACCAGAUGGACCGCCUUUGGGUGCAGCAAUAGUAGCCAAGUCUGAAUUCUUCGUCUCUGAAUGUCUUCUUCCAAUCUUUUAUUUUCGUAUUGGUUUCAGAGCAGACAUACAUUCCAUUACAGAUUGGAAGAGUUUUACCACAUUGCAGGCCAUCAUCGUUGCCACAUAUAUGGCAAAGUUGUUGGCAGUCACCGUGGUAGCAUUGUGCUGCAAAAUUAGUUUGAGAAAUAGUCUUUUGCUCGGCAUGAUGAUGAAUAUCAGGGGUAUUAUAGAAGUCAUCAUGUUUUCUGGAUGGAAGUUCACUAAGCUCCUAGAUGACCAAGGUUAUACCAACCUAGUGUUAUCUGUGCUGCUUGGGAACAUGAUUUCAACAUCAUUGUUACAUUUCACAUACAGGGCUCAUCUAAGACUUGGGCCAUCACCCAAAGGUCCUCGCAUUAGAAACAUCCAGUCGGUUCAAAGAAACUACCCUUUCGACAUUCUUUGUUGCAUCCACACCGAACAAACUAUCCGCAACCUCACCUCCAUCCUAGAAGCCUCAAACCCAACAGAAGAGAGCCCCAUUUGCGCCUACAUUAUCCAAGCAGUCGAGCUAGUGGGGAGGGCUAUACCUGUGCUAGUCCCUUACAAGAAGAAGAAAGAGGGGAAAAAAUGUAGCCGAUUAAAUUCACUCACACAUCAGCUGAUGCAAGCCUUCAAGAACUACUCGGAGAACUCAAGAGGACCUGUCUUGAUCGAAUCAUUCACUCUGAUCGCUCCCUAUAAAUCGAUGCAUGAGACCAUUUGCCGUCUACUUGAUGACAAUCACGUACCUUUCGUUAUCCUCCCAUUUCAUGAUAACCCCAGCUGGCAUAUGGUCUGCAACACUGUGACUACUUCAAUACGACAAUUCAAUAAAAACAUGCUGCAAUAUUCAUCGUGUUCAAUUGGAAUACUCAUUGAAAGAGGGUUGCCAGGUCCGGUGACCAUGUCCCAUUUCUCAUAUAAUGUGGCUGCAUUUUUCAUUGGCGGACCAGAUGAUCGCGAGGCUUUAGCUUUGGCGGCACGUAUGUUAGGCAACCGGAAUGUGGCCGUCACAGUAAACAGGAUUCGUAUUGUGCACCAGGGUGACCAUAAUGAAGACGAGGAGAAUGAAGCUAGGUUGGAUGAUGCAAUGGUGGAUGAGUUUAAGCUGAGCAGUAUUGGGAAUGAUUGCUUGAAAUGGCGAGAUAUUGGGGUUGAGGACACUAUACAACUUACGGAUGCAAUUAUGGACUCGCAGGGGGAUUAUGAUCUAGUAAUGGUCGGAAGGCGGCACGCAGACAAUUCAUUGAGGGAUGAGGAAAUGUCAGAGUUCGUGCAUUAUGCGGAGUUGGGAAUGAUCGGCGACAUGCUUGCUUCUCCAGAUUUCUGUGGUGGAAUGGUGAAUGUUUUGGUGCUGCAAGAAAGUACGGAACUUAGUAGAAAUUAUGGAUCAGCUCCUGGGCGUGACUUCUCGAAAAAUUUAGGGUAUAAGUAG